CUGGAUCCACACUCAUCAAAGAGACCCACUUUCAAUUAAAAUAUUUCAGACCAUUAUUUUUAUUUUAUUUUAUUAUAUUUCAUUUUUCUUUCUCUCUCUAACAAUUUAUUUUAUUUUUUAACUCAGAAGUGUUGAACUUGCAGCGCAGCAAAAGGUGAAGCCAUGUCUUCAACCUCAUAAUUUUCAUUUCUUUAUUUAUUUUAUACUUCUACUUAGUUCAUUUUUUCUUAUAUUUAAAAACACAUCAAUUUAUUCCUCUUUGCUUUUAUCUUUCUUUCAUUUUCUCUCUCCUCACUUCAACUUCACUUUCUCUCUCUACUUUUCUUCCUCUUAUUCUCAGAUUUUCGCAAAGAUCUCAACUGGGUUUCCGCAAAUUCCUGAAUUUCGAAUUGGGUCUCUUUAAUUUCCUCCAAAACUCUCUCAAAAUCUAAUCUUUCACUCCCAAAGUUUUCAUACUCAAAUCAGUAAAAAAAAAAAAAAAAACAAAAGAAAAAAAAAACCCAAUAAGAAUCUUAUACUGGGUUUAAUUUCUUUUUCUUUUUCCAAGAUUCCAUUCAACUUCAAUUUUUGAGUGGGAUUUGCUUUAAAUUAGUCCAUGCAGAAAUUAAUUACGUGAUAAAUUUGAUCCCUUUUUAUUAUUCUUCCCCAAAUUAUUUUUGGUGGGUCAAACCCCUUAAUUUUUCUCUAAUCUUGUAUUAAUUAUAAAGUUUAGAUGAUAUGAAUUUGGUGGGUGGAGUAGUGGGAUCCAUGACUUUGUCUGGUUCUACGGUUAACCGGAAAAUGGCGGAUUCUUCCGGUGACCAGUUUCCGGUGGGUCUUCGAGUACUUGUGGUUGAUGAUGAUCCAACUUGUCUCACCAUCUUAGAGAAGAUGCUUAGAACUUGUCGGUAUGAAGUUACCAAGACAAAUAGAGCUGAGGUUGCGUUGUCCUGGCUCCGAGAGAACAGGAACGGGUUUGAUAUCGUUAUAAGCGAUGUACAUAUGCCCGAUAUGGAUGGGUUCAAACUGCUUGAACAUGUUGGUUUGGAAAUGGACUUGCCUGUUAUCAUGAUGUCUGCUGAUGAUAGCAAAGGAGUUGUGAUGAAGGGUGUUACACACGGAGCUUGUGAUUAUUUGAUCAAACCUGUGAGAAUUGAGGCACUUAAAAACAUAUGGCAGCAUGUGGUGAGGAAGAAGAAGAAUGAGUACAGAGAUGUUGAGCAAUCAGGGAGUUGGGAUGAAGGGGAUCGGCAGCUAAAACAAGACGAUGCAGUCUCAUCCCCCGCGAACGAAGGAAAUUGGAAGAAUGCAAAGAGGAAAAGUGGCGAAGAUGACGAGUCAGAGGAUAAGGAUGAUACUACUACACUUAAGAAACCUCGGGUUGUUUGGUCAGUUGAGCUUCACCAACAGUUUGUGGCUGCUGUUAACCAGCUUGGCAUUGACACUGUUCCAAAGAAAAUUUUGGAGCUGAUGAAUGUUCCUGGGCUUACAAGAGAAAAUGUCGCUAGCCAUCUUCAGAAAUAUCGCUUAUAUCUGAGAAGGCUGAGUGGAGUGUCACAGCACCAAGGUGGAUUAAACAACUCAUUUAUGCCCCAGGACCCCAGUUUCAGCACAAUAACACAACUUGGCGGUAUUGAUCUCCAAACCCUUGCAGCCACUGGUCAACUUUCAGCUCAGACUCUAGCAGCAUAUACGAGACUCCCUCCAACCAUUAAACCUGGCAUGUCCAUGCCAUUUGUUGACCAAAGAAACCUUUUUAGCUUUGAAAACUCCAAGUUAAGAUAUGGAGAGGGACAGCAAUCACAAAUUAGCAAUGCUAAUAAGCAAAUGAACCUGCUACAUGGGAUCCCGACAACAAUGGAACCAAAGCAACUUGCCGGCAUGAAUCAAUCUGCACAAACCCUUGGGAGCAUGAACAUGCAAGCUACUGCUUCAAGUAGCCAUCAGAAUAGCUCUUUGCUGAUGCACCCAAUGGUCCCACAACAAUCAAGGGGACAUAUUUCAAAUGAAAGUGUCAGUAGUCAAGUUUCACGGAUUCAGCCCUCUAUCGGGCAGCCAUUGCAUUCCAAUGGGACUGCUAGUGCAGUUCUAUCUAGAAAUAGUAUGGGUUAUGAUCCUGUUUCUCAAGCAGGCCCAGUGGUAGAUUUCUCUGUGAACCAAAUUUCCGAAUUACCGGGUAAUGGUUUCCCUCUAGGGAGUACCCCAGGGAUGACGUCUAUCUCAUCCAAGGGAUUUAAUCAAGAGGAAGUUAGCUCUGAUAUAAAAGUAACAAGAGGAUUCGUUGGAAGUUAUGAUUUGUUCAGUGAACUUCAGCACAAGUCUCAAGACUGGCAGUUGCAGAAUCCUAACAUGAGCUAUGCCGGGUCCUCCCAACAUGUAACAUCUAUUCAAAACGGUGUGAAUGUAGCACCCUCCAUUAUGGUGAAUCAGUCAUAUGUUCCCGCUCAGAAGAAUGAACAGAAUGGGCAUGCCAUGUCUGGGAAGUUGAUGUAUUCAACUGGAUUAGAAAAUCAACAUGUGGGUAUGCAAAAUAUGAAUCAUAAUCUCAACAGCGUACUUGCUCACAGUUCUUCAAGGGUGAAGGCGGAGAGUGUUUCUGAUGUGGUGAAUCCGGGGGCUAACCUCUUCUCCGAGCCCUAUGGUCAGGAAGAUUUGAUGAGUGCACUACUGAAGCAGCAGCAAGAAGGCAUUGGGUCUGGUGAGUUCGACUUCGAUGGUUACACCUUGGAUAAUAUUCCUGUGAAUAUGUGAGAGUAACCUUUUAAGGCCCCGUGACAUUAUCAAUGUACAUACCACCAUAGCUGCUGCCGCAAUUCGGGAGGAAAGGAACUCUAUUCGUCAAAUUAUUAAACCAGCUUCUGGACCACCAUAUUCAGCUAGAGAUUGCCUUUCUUGGCUGGUAUAGAUUUUAGUUAAAUUCACAUAUUUGCUACAUUUUCGAAAAAAAGUUUUGAAUGUUUUUUUUCAGCAGCCUGGGCUUAUCAAGAAGUGACUAUUCAUUUUAAGGCCACAUAUUCACCUUUCUUUUAAGGGUGUUCUGUCGUGACUGCAUUGCUUGUGCAUAUGAAAGGGUGGGAGAAUUCUGCCGAUUGCUAGGAGUUUUUAUUAUUCUUCCUUAAGUUUCCUUUUACUACUCUUGUUCUAACUUGAAUAACAAAAUGUUGAUUGUCUAGUGUUUAGACUGUUUUGUAUAAAUCUCAUUUGAUUUUUUUUUGGUUCUUUGUAGAAGUUUGAGGUUCUUUUUAUGCAGAAUUGCUUUUUGAUGAA